AUGCUGGUAGAGGAUAUGUUCGACGGCUGGCUGGCCAUACCUUCCAUUACAGACUUUCUCACAGAGGAGGCUCCUCCAGAUUGUCACGUACCACCAGAACAAGCAACCGUCACGGAAACACCCAAACACACUACGAAUGAGCCCGCGCGACUCUGGGGUUUGAAUGUAGAUGACAGCCCGAACCAAUUACUUUCUACACCGGGCGAGAGUACAUCUACUACAAGUCGUGUGGCACGCCAAAGACGGGGUCACACCAAAAGUCGCCUUGGCUGCGUCACAUGCAGGAAGCGCAAGGUCAAGUGUCAAGAGACAUGGCCUUCUUGCGCCAAUUGUAUGAAGCGUGGGGUGGUUUGCAGAUACCCUGCCAUCUUCAAGUACGCGCAGCGUGAUCGCAUCGUUUCCGAGGCGCUGAGCCCUCGUCAAUUCGUCCAACUUUCCGAUACACCCACCAUGUUUAGUUCAGACGAUAUGCGCCUCUUUCAUCAUUACUUGAUUUCGGCGUACCCUGGAAUACCGCACGACUAUGAAGACAUAUGGACAAUAGAUGUUCCUAAAUAUAGCCAUCAGAAUACAUAUCUCAUGCAUGCUAUUCUGGCCCUAGCUGGUUCACAUCUGGCCCUCCAAGUUGAAAACCCCCCGGUCAAGCUGGCGCUCACCCAUCGCCAAAAGGCUAUCGUUGGACUUGAAGAUGCUUUCACGAAGUGGCCUCCCUCCGCCGAAGAUGCCCAUAUCAUGUUAGCUACGUCCUACCUUCUAUCUUUCCAGUCCUGCUGUAUUGAAGACGGCUUCAUGGAUAACGUCCUAUCUCUGCGCGGAUGCGCCUUUCUCUCGCAACUCAUUUGUGGGCAUGGCCUCAAAGGCCCUUUUGCUUUGCGGGCGAACAUGCACUCGGCGACCAUGGACUUGACCUUUAAAAACUUUCCACAUUUGGACCAAGAGCUUGCGUGUGAAGCUUUGCAGUCGAUGAGAAAGUUUUCACACCUGCUGGCUGAGCCAACAACACAUGCCAUCGAAAAGGCGGUCAUUGCACAACUUGUGGAGACGAUCCGUCCACUCCUUGAACGUGAUCCAGUAGCAACACCGGACACGACUACUACACCGGGUCUUUCCGAUACAAGCACCGAAGUGACUACGAGCUGUACGAGCUCUGAAGCGCAUACGACAUACACAGUGCCGAACGACAGAGUGUACUUCAUGAACCCUCUCUUUCCUACUGAUCUAACUACCUCUUUUGAUGACAUUGACUGGGACACUGUUACUAUUCCGCCAUCAUCCAAUAGAGACCCUCUACGAUCAUUCAACGCAUUAAUGUCGACACUUGUUGUAUUCUCCACAUGGCCAUAUGAUGCGCUUGUGCAUCUCUUCUCCCCAACCAACCAGCUCGGAAAUGUGGUUUUGGCGCACUGCUGCACGGUGCGCGUCAUCAUAUCACCGCUCUCGGCACCCAAAAACGCAAUGAGGACUCCAAUCAGGGCGAUGAUAGAGUGGGCUGUCAAGAUUGUAGCUGCCGUCGAGGAUGAUGAGAAUGUCAAGUGGACAGAGUAUGUGGCAUGGCCGAAGAAAAUAUUGCAGUGUAUGCAGGCAUGCGUGGAGAAGAAGAAAGGCUCGACGUUUGAAGACCUCUACGAGAUGCUGCUGAAUGAUCCAGGGGCCUUCAAAGAAGGUAGAGCGAGGCGGGCGUGA